UUGCGUGGGAAUGGAAGCGCCCUGUCGCCAUUUUCACGCAUGCGCACUGGGGUUGGUAGCGAGACACGCAAAUCCACGAAAUGGCGUCCGCAGCAGAUUAUAACAGUUACGGACAGGCUGGAGGCCAGCAAGGGUAUGGCUCCUAUGCUGCCCAGCCUGCUCAGGCCUAUCAGCAAGGUACCCAGCAGUCAUAUGGUCAGCAGCAGGGCUACGGCUCCUACACCCAGCCUGCUGAUUCAGCGUACUCCCAGAGCGGCAGCUCCUCUGGAGGGUACAGCCAGCAGGCUUAUGGGUCUUCAUAUGGACAGCAACCACCAGCCAGCGGUGGCUAUAACGCUACUCCGGCUGCCCCUCAGGGCUACUCUCAGCCCGUCCAGGGUUACGGAGGCAGCGGUUAUGAUGCGUCCUCUGCCUCCUCCAGCACUAAUCAGGCCUCAUAUGGCAGCCAGGCUGCAUACGGAGCCCAGCCUGCUUACACCGGGUACGGACAGCAGGCCGCUGCUUCUUCAGCUCCUCCCAGUUACAGCUCUGGUGGUCAGCAGACUCCAGGAUAUGAACAGAACUCGUAUUCCCAGCAGCAGCAGAGCGGCUAUCAGAGCCAGCAGGGCAGCUACGGACAGCAGAGCUCCUACAGCCAGCAGGGCGGAUACCAGCAGCAAGCUCCGCCCCCACAGCAGCCUCCACCUUCCAGCUAUCCCCCACCCUCUGGGUCCUACGGACAGCCUCCUGCCAGUCAGUAUGGGCAGCAGGGCAGCAGUGGAGGUGCAUAUGGACAAAACGACUACAAACCCCCUAGUAAUUACAGGCAGGACCACCAGAACGGCAGUUACUCCGAGUCCGGUGGUUAUGGCGGUGGAAUGGGAGGGGGGGAGAACCGCGGGCGCGGCAGAGGGGGGUUCGACCGGGGCAUGAUGAGAGGAGGAAUGCGUGGGGGAAUGAACCGUGGAGGCAUGGGCAUCACUGGAGACAGAGGUGGCUUCAUUAAGCCUGGUGGACCAGAUGCAGACAUGGGUCGCCCAGAGGAGCAGGAUGACUCAGAGAACAGCACCAUUUACAUCACCGGCCUGACUGAAAACGCAACAAUGGAUGAAGUGGCUGAGUUCUUUAAACAGAGCGGCAUCAUCAGGAUUAAUAAACGUACUGGCCUCCCCGCUAUAAACAUCUAUACAGACAAGGACACGGGGAAACCAAAGGGCGACGCCACCCUGUCCUACGAGGAUCCGCCGGCUGCCAAGGCAGCAGUGGAGUGGUUCGAUGGUAAGGACUUCCAGGGGAAGAAGCUGAAGGUGUCGAUGGCCCGGCGGAAGCCCAUGAUGAUGAGGGGUGGGAUGCUGAUGAGGGGAGACCGUGGGGGCAUGAUGGGAAGAGGAGGGAUGAUGGGUCGAGGUGGCAUGGGAGGCCGUGGUGGAGAGCGUGGAGGCUUCAUGCCUCGAGGGGGACCUAGAGGAAUGGGCCGAGGGGCACCGACUGGUGGAAACAUGCAGCAGCGGGCUGGAGACUGGCAGUGUCCUAAUGCUGGAUGUGGAAACCAGAACUUUGCUUGGAGGAUGGAGUGUAACCAAUGUAAGGCACCCAAACCCGAAGGUUUCGGUCCACCUCCCUUCCCUCCAGGUGGUGAACGUGGCCGUGGUGGACCUGGAGGCAUGCGCGGCGGCCGUGGCAUGGACAGGGGUGCACCAGGAGGCCCCGGCGGUCCUGGAGGAUUCCGUGGGGGCAGAGGGGGAGACCGCGGCGGCGGCUUCCGUGGCGGCAGGGGCAUGGACAGAGGUGGAUUUGGUGGGAGGGGCCGAGGUGGACCUCCAAUGGAUGACAUGCGUGGAAGGGGCCGGGGAAUGGGACCACCAGGGAAGAUCGACAUGAAGGGAGAUCAUCGCCAGGAUCGGCGGGACAGACCAUACUAAACCUCCCCACUACGCUUUUCAUUCAGAAGAUUUUAAACUUGUAAUUCCAUAUUUAUAAUGGUUAGUGUUGGAAUUGACUGGUAGUCCUUUUUAUUUUUUUAGAUUUUGUUCGUUUUAGUUUGUUCUUUUUGUGCUUUGUAUUUUUCGCUCACAAGUCCAGAUGCCAUGCAUGCUGUUCUGUGUACAGAAUGAGUCUGUGCAAAAUGUUUAAUUGUGGAACAAGCUUUUUUUUUUUUUUUUUUUUUUUUUUAAUGCUUUAAAGCUGUUUUUCUUUUUAGCACCCCUUCUUGUGUAAAUUGAAUUAAAAACGAAAACAAA